AUUAUCCUGAAAAAAGCCACUGCACAGGAACUAUGCUGACCUAGCCACAUAUAAUGUCCAUAAUAUGUCUCUGAAAAAGAAUGUGAGUGUUUCUGUUGUUUCUGUUGUUGCUAUUGUUCUUGUUGAGUUGGUGCGGGCAUAUAUAUUUUUUUUUUAUGGAGAACAGCCCUAGCUCCUCGAGAAAUGACCGGAAAUUGAUCGAGAGAAACCGGCGACAUCAGAUGAAGGCCCUCUAUUCCCAGCUCAAUUCUCUUGUUCCCCAUCCUAGCUCAACGGAGGUGACAUCUCUUCCAGAUCAACUUCAUGAAGCGACUAAAUACAUCAAGCAGCUACAGAUUAACUUGGAGAAGAUGACUGAAAAGAAGGAGAGCUUGUUAGGGAUGGAAAAGCAGAAUGCAAGCAUGGACUGUGGGAUGAAUGCAGCACCAGCAAUUGAGAUUCACCAAAAUGGUUCGGCUUUACACGUUGUUCUCAUUACUGGGUUGGAUCAUCAGUUCAUGUUCAAUCGCGUCAUCGGACUGCUUCACGAAGAAAGGGUCGAGAUCUUAAACGCGAGCUUUUCCGUCCUGGAUGACACAACAUUCCACUCGAUCCAUUGCGAGGUUGGGGACUGUGCACCGAGUCUUGAUUCCGCAAGAAUAUCUGAGAGAUUAAGGAAAUGUGUCCAAGAUAAUGCACAGAGAUGAUUUUUUCAGACACUUGAUUUCUGAAGAGACUAUUGUCCCUUGUGGAUGAGGUACCGUCAGUAAAAACCCAGAAAGGAGAAGUUAUGCAUUGGAACAGAAGGUGUUCUGUCAUCUGCUUCUUUUAUAAUAGUUGUGUUGCCAAAUCAGAUGAUAUGAUCAUGGACCGCAGCCCUGAAACCUCUCUUGUUGGGUGUAACCCUAAAAUUUUGUUAAGAUGUAGAGUUUUCCUUGUUGUAACAGUGCUCUGUAUAAGUGUUGAUCUUCAGCUCUGAUUGUUGUUUGGAUAA